CGAGAAGGACAGAACAGACAGAAAGAACAGGGGAACAGAGAAGGAGUUAGAUUUCGAGUCACUGCGACAUUUGUUUUUCCCGUGUGGUCGCCGCGUACGCGGUGUUUUAUCUACGUAUUUUUUGGUGUCGUUCGUUCCUUUUUUCGGCGUCCAAGUCGAUUAAAAGGAGCCAGUGGAAGGGCGCUGCGGCCCGAAUUUCUUUUGCGAAUGUGCAGUUUUUCCCCGUACAGUCAACGAGUUUCAUUAGCUACACGAUGCCCGAAGAGGAACUUCUCAAGUCCCCGAUCGACGGUAUUUUGCCGUUUUUACAAAGCAUCGAAUGGAGAGAUCCGUGGCUGGCUCUGUUACUGACUUUCCAUGUUGCUGUGACAAUGACUGCAUUAAUGACACGAAAUCAUGCCAACUUUCAAAUAAUGUUGUUCCUCGCUCUGUUACUUUUGGUAUAUUUCUCUGAGAGCAUCAAUGAAAUGGCUGCAUCUAAUUGGAUGUUGUUCUCGAGACAACAGUAUUUUGAUUCAAAUGGACUCUUCAUAUCUGUAGUAUUCUCUGUGCCUAUCUUGAUGAACUGUAUGAUAAUGAUUGCUAGUUGGCUAUAUCAAUCCAGUCAAUUAAUGACCAGUUUAAAGAGAGCUCAAUUAAGGCAACAAGCAAGAAACCGGCAAAUAGAAGAUGAGUCGUCAAACAUAAAUGGUAAUGUUAUAAGGGAAAAGCAGGAAUAG